AUGCCGGCCCGCGUUGCGGCAGCCGUCUCUGGCGGUGUUGACGUGGUCCAGGUACGCGAUAAAGAUUUGCCGGGGCAGGCUGUGUUCUCGCUUACUUCAACCUUGCGGAGCGUAACCGAAGGCCGGGCACUGCUGUUGGUCAAUGAACGCGCUGACGUGGCGGUGGCCGGUGGAGCCGAUGGCGUUCAGCUGGGUGAAGCGGCGAUGUCGGCCGACCUUGUCCGCAGGGUCGUGGGGGAGCAGGCCAUUGUUGGCCGUUCCGUUCACUCCGUCGAAGGGGCACUGGAAGCGGCUGCCACCAGUGCAGAUUUCCUGCUGGUCGGCACUAUGUUCGCUACCCGUUCCCACCCCGGCGAAGAACCGGCCGGCCCGGGAUUGUUGACCCGUAUCCGCGAUGCCGGCGUAUCGCUUCCCCUGGUGGCCAUCGGUGGAAUCGACACUACCAACGUGGCUGAUGUAAUGGGAGCCGGAGCCUGGGGAGCGGCGGUAAUCACCAGCAUUCUCGCCAGCGACGACCCGGAAGCAGCGGCCAAGGGCUUGAAAUCUGCUAUGCUUGCCGCAAUCGGUUUACAGCCAGAUCCCGAGAUAACAGGCAGUGUUACAGAACACGCAACCAGCAACGGUAGGUAA